CUUUGUUCACCCCAGUCCCCUCCCAGGCUCUCCGUAACUCUGCUCUCCUGUUUGCCUGGAAUACUGCUCUUCAUGCACUGCUCUGAGCCUGAGGAUGAACGCUCCUUGAUUGGGAAUGAACACUGUGUGAUUGGGAAUGAACACUCUGGGAUUGGGAAUGAACACUCUGGGAUUGGAAAUGAACACUCUGGGAUUGGGAAUGUCGCUGCUUUUUCUUGCCCUACUGCCAGAUACAAAAGGUCUGCAGUGCAUUAACUCAGGGGAGCCCUGCUUGAAUGGAGGACGCUGUCUCACCAACUCGAACAAGACUGACUCCUGUCUCUGUCGGCCUGGGUUCUGGGGGUCUCUCUGCCAGUUUUGGGACCCCUGCUCUGGAGGCAUCCCGCGUUGUGUGAAUGGGGGGACCUGUGUGCCGGUCCAGCAGCGAGGCAACGAGUCAGUGAGCCACACCUGCAUCUGUACACCUGGGAGGACUGGCCCGCGGUGUGAGCUGGAGGACGCCUGUCUGUCCCGCCCCUGUCACGAGGACGCUGUCUGUAUCACUCACCCAUUGACAGGUCUGCCGGUGUGUACCUGUCAAGCUGGGUUCAGCGGAGCAGACUGCAGAGAGGACCUGAACGAGUGCGAGAUGGCAGGCUUGAACCCGUGUGAGCACGGGGGUGUCUGUGUGAACACAGCCGGCUCCUUCCAGUGCCAGUGCCAGCGAGGGUACGGUGGGACGCGCUGCCACUCCGAUAUCAACGAGUGCCAGUCCCAGCCCUGCCAGCACCAGGGCACCUGCAUGGACAAGACUGGGGGCUACCUGUGUAUCUGUGAGCCUGGUUACACUGGCUUGCAGUGUGAGGAGGAGAGAGACCCCUGCGACAGCGCCCCCUGUGCAAACCAAGGGGACUGCAGGCGAGUGGACAGGCUGUACUACAAGUGUGUGUGUCAGCCAGGGAGCACAGGCCCGCGCUGUGAGGAGCUCCUUGACAGGUGUGUCUUGAACCCGUGUCUGAACGGAGGCUCCUGUGUGGAGGGGGAGGGGGGGCUGCAGUGUGCCUGUCAGGGGGGGUACACCGGCCCGCAUUGCGAGCACAGACUGGACUCCUGCAAACUCAGCGCGGAGCGUACCAUUGUGUGUCUGAAUGGGGGGCGCUGUGUGGACUCCCCCACCUCUCCUCAUUGCCUGUGUCCGGAAGGGUUUGGGGGCAGCGCCUGUCAGGACCCUGUGGACCCUUGUGAGAGGGGACCCUGCCUCAACGAGGGGGUGUGCACCCCGCAGGGCAAAACUGGAUACACCUGCCAGUGUGCAGCUGGCUUCACUGGUUCUAACUGCUCCAGUGCUGUGGAUGAGUGUCUCUCUCAGCCCUGUCAGAACGGAGGCAGCUGUGUGGAUCGCAUCAACUCCUUCCAGUGUGUGUGCCCUGAGGGGACCAGCGGCUCUCUCUGUGAGGUCGACCAUGAUGACUGUGACCCCUUGACCUCUGAACCCCUGUGUUUUCACGGGGGGGUCUGCGUGGACAGGGUCGGAGGUCAUGACUGCCUGUGCCCCACUGGCUUUGUGGGGUCUCGCUGCGAAGGUGACGUCAACGAGUGUCUGUCCAACCCCUGUGUCCAGCCGGGGACAUUGAGCUGUGUCCCCGGGGUCAACCAGUACCACUGCCUCUGCAGGACUGGGUAUACUGGCCAGCACUGUGAGUCUGUGAUUGACAGCUGUCAAUCAGCCCCCUGUCAGAAUGGAGGCGCGUGCACUGUGGAGCCAGGGACACCCCUGGGGUACAACUGCCAGUGCACACAGGGUUUCUCUGGCUCGGACUGCAGUACCUCCCUCCUCCAGCCCCCCUCCCCCUGCCUCUCGCAGCCCUGCCGGUCGGGAGGCACCUGUGUGCCAGUGCGGGGUUCGCCCUUUGCAUUCCGCUGCUUGUGCACCCCCAAAUACAGUGGAGCACACUGCGAGAGCAACAGAGAGGGGGAGGGGGCACACACACACCUCUCCCCUCUCACCUCUGACCCCUGGACACUCUGCCCCCCCGGUCUGGGCUGCCCUCGGAAGUUCAGGGAUGGGAGAUGCGAUGCAGAGUGCGCUGGAGCAGAGUGUCUGAGAGACGGGUUCGACUGCCUGACAGACAGCGCCGCCUGCGACCCCCGCUAUGUGCAGUACUGUCGGGAUCACUAUGGGAACGGACACUGUGAGUCGGGGUGUCGCAGUGGCCCCUGUGGCUGGGACGGAGUGGAUUGUUUUGGGGGUGCGCCCCGUGGUGUUGAGGGCUCCCUGGUGCUCCUGACCCCCUUGUCUGUGGGGGAGGUGCUGAAGGGGAACCUCUCUUUGCUGUGGGGUCUCAGCGCUGUGCUCAGGACAGGGGUGAGGAUGAUGGGGACCCCGCGACCCUCUGACCCCCGCCGCGACCUCCGUGACCUCCGUGACCUCCAUGACCUGCCGGGGUCAGGGCCGGGGCAGGAGGAGGAUGAUGUUACUGGCUCCUUGGUUCUGAUUCAGGUUGAUAAUCGUCCCUGCUCUCUGGUCCCUGAUUCCUGUUUCCACAUGGCUGAACAGGCUGCCCACUUCCUUUCUGCAGUGAUGUCACAGGGGGGCGGGAUCCUCCCAGAACUCCCCUUCCCACUGACAGCAGUGCAGGGUGUGGGGGGGAUGGGCGAGGGUGAGGCCGAGGAGGACGAAGACCCCCCUCUCUCUGACCCCCCCUCUCUCUGGCUCUGGGUUGCUAUUGGCAUGGCCGCCGCGCUGGGCCUCACAGUGGCAGCCAUCGUGAUCGGGGUGAAGGUCAUCGCCCCCCGCAGGCGUGGUGGAGAACUGCCGGUAGUGCGCAGCCAGCACAGACAGGGCGGCGCAGUGCACGACAGGGACCACCAGGGGGCAGUGUGGAACAGCAGCAGCAGCACAGGACUGACUCGGAGCAAGAAGCAGAACGGGAAAAAACAGGGAAAGAAUUCCGGGAGGAAGAGGAGGGAGCCGCUGGGAGAGGAUGCCAUCGGGCUGCGUCCUUUGCGUCACAGUCCCGAUUACGGAGAGGAAGUGGAUAUUACCCAUAGUUCCCUGGAGGAGGGGCCUCAGGGAGACAGGACAUUACAUCCCGAGGAGGACGAUGACGGCAUCCGGGACCACCGACCCCUGGGGCAGAAGCACUUCCAGGGCACAUAUGAUAUCCCACAAUCCCCUGGGGGCCAGGAUGGUGGUCUGCGGAGUGCUCUGCACGGCGCUGCUUCUGAGUUCAACUGCAGCUCUGAUUGGACCAGCUCCAGAACUGCACUGUGCCAGGCCUCGGAGCUGUGUUCUGCUGACUGCGAGGGGGUAACAGCGCUGAUCACAGCCACCCGGCUCUGUGCGGAGAGCAGAGUGAGAGAGCUGCUGCAGAGAGGAGCGGAGGUGAACAGGACUGACCACAGAGGCAGGUCUGCUCUCCACUGGUCCUCUGUAGUGAAUAACCCCUCUGCAGCUCGCACCCUGCUCCAGCACGGGGCAGCUAUAGACCUGCAGGACUGCAAGGGUGAGACGCCCCUCUUCCUGGCAGCCAGGGAGGGAAGCUAUGACACCGCUAGGCUCCUCCUCCAGGGAGGGGCCAAUCAGGAGCUGCCAGAUCACAGGGGGUGGCUCCCACGUCACAUGGCCCAGGAGCGCUCACAUUACGACAUCAUCAGGCUGCUAUUGGCUGCUGCUGGGGGUCAAGGCCCACCAAUCAAGAAACCCCCUUGCCACCAGGGAACUACAAAUGGACUACAAAACAAGAUGGCUGCCACUGGGGGCGGUGGAAAUUUUCUGUAUAAUUUUGGCUGGCAGGAGCCUUAUAAUUACCCACAAUCCUCCUGUGGGGCUGAGUAUGGGCGGCCCUACAAUAUUCACGGCAGGAGUGCUUCCUUUUCCGGGGUCAUAGGUCACCAUCAGAGCUUUGCGCACCCGGGAGCGAGGAUUCACAGCCGUGAGGAGUGGGCAGCUCUCCGCAGUGGCAGGCUCUCCCCUCAGCACUGGGCGCAGCCUCACAGCCAAUCAGUGACCGCCCUGGUGAGCCCCAGAAUCCAUGGAAAGUCCUCUCGACCAAUCGACACGCUGCAGGAAGUGACCUCAGAGGCCGAGGAGGAAACCGGAAGUUCUGCCUCCCCUGGGGGACGCCAGGCCCAAAACCAAAAACAGGAAGAGACGCCUCACUUCCUGUACUCCCAUGAGCAAAUGCGGCCAACAGGGCGGCAGAGAUCGUUUUCCUGUAACCAGAAUGCAUUGCGGCGCUAUAAUGUCACGCCUGGCCAUCCUCUUGACCAAUCAGCAGGCUCAACUCCAAGCCCUGCCUCUCCGGUGACGGUAGCCAAUGGGAAUGCUGAAGCCCGUUGUCUGAGUCCCUCCCCUGCGUCAUCUGACCAAUGGGGGAAGAGUUCGUCCAAAAAAGGGGAGAGCAACAGCCAAUCAGAUUGCAAGGUUGAAGUGGAAGGCAGUAACUGUGCUGGGGGGAAGAUAGCCAGGACAGAGCAGGCACAUAUUGCGAAUUGAAGACCAGCUUUGAGAACAGCGAUGGGCAACAUAUAGCACGGCUUACAAGCUGGUAAUAUAAAGACCCUGUCUGCUCUGCUUAGCUUAAACACCAUGGGGCUGAUUCACCUGCUAUAGCACUGUCAAUAGCGUGUACAACAUGGGACUGAUUCACCUGCUAUAGCACUGUCAAUAGAAUGUACACAAUGGGACUGAUUCACCUGCUAUAGCACUGUCAAUAGCGUGUACAACAUGGGACUGAUUCACCUGCUAUAGCACUGUCAAUAGAAUGUACACAAUGAGACUGAUUCACCUGCUAUAGCACUGUCAAUAGCGUGUACACCAUGGGACUGAUUCACCUGCUAUAGCACUGUCAAUAGGAUGUACACAAUGAGACUGAUUCACCUGCCAUAGCACUGUCAAUAGGGUGUACACCAUGGGACUGAUUCACCUGCCAUAGCACUGUCAAUAGGAUGUACACAAUGGGACUGAUUCACCUGCCAUUGCACUGUCAAUAGGGAUAGCAUAUUUUUCUUACAUCUUUAGAGUUUGGUAAGACCUAUUUUAGUAGAACUGUUUCGUCUGGGUCCAUUCCAACAAUACUAAGAAGCUCGAGUCUGCUUGUAGGAUUGUAUUGAGUGACUGGAAUUGGGAUUCUACUGGUGAUAACCUUCUUAGUCGCUCCUCUCUUAAACCACACAGUGGCAGCAGGUCCUGUUUUAUUCUUGCUCACUUCUAUGUUUUGCAUUCACUGUGCUCUACCUUUGUGUUAAUCUGCUCUGAAUCUCCUCAUCUCUUCAGUGUGUGGGGAUUCUUUCUUUGGAACAGCCUUGGGGUUCCGGAACGCUCUUCCGGAUUCCAUUGUGUCGCUGUUGAGCCUCUCUGGAUUUAAAACUGCUGUUCUGUGCUUGAGAUGAUCUUGUUUAAGUUGUAAUGAAACAGAUUUAUGCAUGUUAGAAAUCGCUAAUGUUCAAUCACACACAUUCACCUUGGUUCAGGCCUCUAAGCACACACUAGAAAAUAAAACCUGACAUACCAAAAAGUCGAGCAAACCUGUUCCAUUUAUUCACACAUCACAGUUAGUGCACACAGCAUUGUACAGCACGCAAGUUAAUAGGUUGUACAUGUAAUAUUAUUGACCUGGUCUGUCUCUCUCUAGCUCCACUCCUCAGUCCUAACCCAGUCUCUCAUAUACUCUUUGUAAUCCCCACCUGCCUGCUUGUUAUUGCAGUCCAGGCUGCGGUGUGCUGCUUUGCUGUGGUUGCCUGUGGAUACAAGGGCUCCUUCCUGUUCUAUACUGACCCUGCUUCCUGUGAAACAGCAUGCUGCUGUGUGUGUUCCCCUCACCCUUCAUUCCAGCUCCUGCAGGCUCUGCAAAGAAAAGGAAACAGUGCACUCACCUGGUUCACUUUCACCACAAGUUCACUGCACUGUCUUUACUUUUCAUUCUACACCUCUGAAGAAAGGCGUUUGUCCAAAACGUCCUGAAAUAAAUGUUUUUUGAAUCCUGUUAAACCUUUUGUCUACGCAGGUCUCUCUUUGUAUCAGUGCUGCACUGUUGAGCUGUACCUGUGCUGACCCUGCCUGUGGGCACACAGUGAAUAAACUAAACUAAACUGUUCGGACAGACAAACUGUUUUAAAAGAAAGUGUAUUCAUGUAUGUGUUUGUGUUGUAAUCCCCAUAGCCAGCCUACAGCAUGUGACUGAUCUGCUUCACUGCAGCGUAUCAUUAUUAGUAAAACAUCAUUAUUGUGUUUUCUGUCUUAAGUUGUAUUAAUUUAUUACCAUGUAUCUGUGUGUUUUUAAUUGUAUAAAUUGUAACUGGUG